AUGACCAUCAUCCCGGAGGCCCCCGUUGUCAGCAUCAAUGGCACCGCGAACGACGGUAUUGACUCUGUCACCCGUGCCACCAUUCAGGCCAAGAUCAUUGCUGCCGGGCACGAAUCUCUCGUUGCUUCUCGCUUGGCCAAGAAGGCUGCCAACACGGCCCGUAAGAACAUGAUCAAGGAGGAUGCUGCGAACGCGUCCCUCUUCAACCACGAGAGCUCGGGCAUUACACACGGGGACAACGAGUGGAACGGCAACACACCCCAGGAGCUGGCCUUUGCUCAGCUUGCCAACAACCACCCUGGCAUCUGCGCCAACGUCAAGGAGGCCUUCUGCUCCCACCUGCAUGCUGUCCAGGCGGCUGCCGCUAUCACCCACCGCAACCUGAAGAAGACGGGCAUUGACAUCUUCGAGCUUGAGCGUCAGGCGGCCGCCCCCGGCGCUGUUAUCAGUGCUGACGUCAUGGCGACCAUCGACAAGGCCUUCUGGAGCGGGUUCAUGGAGUACCGUGGCAAGUUCAAGGAUGCUGGUGGCAUUCGCUCCCGCCGCCUCCGCCUCUCCGAGUACUACCUGUCGACGCUCGAGUUCAUCUGGCCCAUCCUCUACCCCCGCGAGAUGAUGGCAAUUGACAAGAAGAAGAAGAUUCCGCAGAAGGUACUCAAGAUCAAGAUGGCCGUCUUUAACACAAAGGGAGCACCCUGGUACCGCAGGACCGAUGUUGAAAUCGAGGUCGUGGGAGUGCCGCCCCCUUGGAAGCAGGGCAUGCGUUGCGACGUGAGCCUCCGCCACCACCUUUGCAACCUUCUCAUGGAGCACAUGAAGUACCGCUCCCAGCCGGCCGCGCAGCCCGCCAAGCAGUCCAUAGAGCAGUCAGACGCGCAGUCGGACGAGCACUCGGACGAGCACUCGGUCAAUCCCUCGGGGGAGCACUCGGCCAAUGCUCUCGGCCUCUACAUCAGCGAUGCGGCCGCCGACGUGGCCGGCGGCUAA